GCAACCUUCACUGGAAUGGGUCGGUCUGGCACUGUGAGCAUGCGCAGACACAUUCCGCCCAGAGCCAGGGAUUGCCCUCCUGGAGGACAGAGAGCAUCCUGGGAGGUUCAGUGCUCUGUUUGCAGACACCAUGAGUGGCGGCGAUAACAACCCAGCAGCUAUUCCUGUCGCAGUCCCGGACGUUCAAGGCGAUGGGCGAUGGAUGUCUCAGCACAACCGCUUUGUGGCAGACACGAAGGACAAGGAGCCCGAUGUUCUGUUUGUGGGAGACUCGUUGGUCCAGUUACUGCACCAGUUUGAGAUUUGGCGUCAGUUAUUUUCCCCACUCCACGCCCUGAAUUUUGGAAUUGGGGGUGACGCGACCCAGAACGUUCUGUGGAGAAUUCAACAUGGCGAACUGGAGAAUAUCAAACCCAAGGUCAUUGUGCUGUGGGUGGGCACAAACAAUCACGGCCACACUGCGGAGCAAGUGGCAGGAGGCAUCGAGGCCAUCGUUCGCCUCAUGAUCCAGCAGCAACCUCUGGCCAAGAUCGUCAUCCUGGGUCUGUUACCCCGGGGGAAGGACCCGAACCCGCUGCGGGUGAAGAAUGCCCAGGUGAACGAGCUGGUGAAGGAGAUGGUGAAGGACAUCAGCAACGCCUCCUACCUGGACGUGGACCCAGGCUUCGUCAACUCUGACGGCACCAUCAGCCACAACGACAUGUACGAUUACCUGCACUUGACGCGUCACGCUUACAGCAGCGUCUGCCAGGUCAUCCAUGCCCGGGUACAGCAGCUGCUGGCUGAGGCUGCCUCUGACCCCCUCAAUCCGGGUAUCUGAUGGCCAGAGACUGCCACUGUCGCCCUGGGUACACCGCUGUGCGGAUCCCACAGCAGUUAGGGAGGGAAGCCCACCCAGGGAGACGGCUCUGUCAGUGAGAUGACCAAACUCUAAAGGGCUAUACUUGGACUGACUCAGUCUGUGAGCGACCCACCCAGCCCCACCACACACUCAUUCCACUCCUCCUGUGCCCCCACUGUCGUUCUCUCCCUCUCCCUCUCCCUCUUGCUGCCAUUUUCAUGCCCUCCUGCCCAGGCAGUCUCGCUCUCGUUUUCAUGCACUCUGUCUACCUCUCACACUACUCUUUCACCCACCCUUGUCCACACCCUCGUGCCUUUUCCCUCCCCCUGCCCUCCUUCACCUGCCUCUCCCACCCUCCUCCUCCUCCCCUCACUACCACACUGAAACCUGCUGACAUCCCAUCACAGGGAUCUAUGGUGCAGAGCGGCUGGGCCAGCAGGGGGAGUCUCAGGGCAGCGUGAACGUAGUGUGUGACAUUGAGGCUGGAUGGGAGGAGGACAUGACUGUCAGCGCUUGGAGGAUGGGGAGUCAGUGUGUGAAGGGAGAGAGUGUAUAUGUGAGUGAAAAGAUGGAGACAUUCUCCCUCUCCCUCUCCCUCCCCCCCACCCCCACUUUGUGGGUGAAGUGACGCUCCAUCCAUCCAUGCAAACGGAGAUCUAAAUCCCUCAUGUGUCUCGGAAACCAGGUCACAUUGAAGAGAACAGGAGACUCCAGUCCUGGGGUUACCUGGCUCCAAGUGAGUUUGAACUGUAAGAGAGAACCAUGAGCUACGCUUAUAAAGCACACCAGUCCUACCAAUAAAACUAAAAUGGUCGUGGUAACGUUAAA